UCCAUGAACCCCUUCCUUUCUCGAAGUCUCUGGUCAAGGCAACAUAAACAGUUUCCAAAUCCCAAUCCGUCGUCUCGUCCUCCGCCGGCCUUGGGCGAGCCGCUCCGCCCCGCCGUAGGGCCUCACUGACCGGAGCUCCUACCAACCACUGCGGCAAGCCCAUACCACCGUUGGCCACGUAGGCUCCUUGAUUGAGGUGGCUGAUUGUUUCAGAUCGUCUCGCUCACAAAAUUGCGAUCAGUUUCUUGAUUUGUUUUGCUACUGAGACUGGGUAGUCAAAUUCAGGGGAUUGUGUAUAUUCUGUUGGCCUGUCUUUGAGGAUGGCUGAAGCAUGCCCUGAUAGUCGGCGAUGCCUACCUGCUUGGAUGAUGAAACCCUGCUCGAGUAAUGAGGUGUCAAAGACUGAGCAUCGGAAUAAGCAGUCGGCGGAAUCUGAUAAGGGAUCAGGGGCUCUAGAUCAGGCUAAGCCCAUCAGAAGGCAGAAAAAAAUUGUGGAUCCAGAGGAUGCUGGUGGACUGAAGGCGUUGCAGCGAUGCCAGGGUAAAGAAAAGGCCAGGAGAAAGAGCAAGGAUGCUGAUCGUGCUGUCACGGAUGAAUUUGGCGAAAUCGAGAAAAUAACUUGUAAGAAUGAGAGGAAAGUUAGUGGAAGAGCUGCUCCGAAGAAUAGCAGGAAGCGGAUGCUGGAGGAUGUGGGAUCAGAUGCAUCGUCAUCAGGAAUAACUGAUGAUGAGAUGGAGCUCAGUGCUGGCAAUUCCAGAGCUUUGCAACGAUGUCAGGGUAGAGAAAAGACCAGAAGAAAGCGCGACAGUGCUGAUUAUUCUGCCAAAGAUGAACUUGAAGAAAUUGAGAAAACAACUCGUAAGAAUGUGACAAAAGUGACUUGCAGAGCUGCUCCAAAGAAUAGCAAGAAACAAAAGCCGGAUAAUGUUGGAUCAGAAACAUUGUCAUCAGGUACAACUGAUGAUGAGAUAGAGCUUACUGUGGAAGAUCUUGUGAGCAUAGCUGAAGAGAUUGUAAAUGCUGAUAAAGAGAAGCUACAAGAUAUACGGGCCACAAAGACAGCCCGCUAUGAAGAGCGUCCUCCACGGCCUCCAAUCUCUACUCCUGCUGAUACAGGAGGAUCAACAUCAAGCACUUGGUCAACAAAGGGGUUGAUGCAGUGCACGGCAGCUACUACCACAGAUGAAACUCCAAGCGAGUGCAGAGUAGACAAGAACAAGAGACAUGAAGAACCAGAGCGUCCACCAAGUAUCAAAAUGACCGGUGAUGUUGCUGAGGAUAUGAUGAACAUAUUGCUCGGACCCCUGUGGAAUAGUGAACCUGCAGCCUAUGAAUAUAAACCCGAGGCUGUGGUACCGAGGACCGUGAACGUGAAUCUUGCGCCGCAGCGGAAAAACGAUUGGCAGAAGACUGUAGCACAAGCGCAGGGGGCACCUGUGGCGAAAAAGAAAAGCAGCCUGAAAGAUAUGGUGGCCUUUUUUCUUGAGUAGAGCAAAGUUGAAGUGCUGAACUGCAUACACUAGCAGCCUGGGAGCAUUGUUAUGCCGACUAGCUGGUUCCACGCAUGUGCAUGGCCUGUAACUAUUGUCCAUUUGUCCCGCGGCGUUUUAGUCCACGUGUAAAUUAUAUUAUUUUGGUAGGAUAAUAAGUCGCUUUUCUUUUCCUUUUCGGGGGACAAUAAUGUUGGUCAUUUGUACAGUAGUAUGUUCUUGCCUUCAAGUUGAAGAUGUUUGAUACUGCC